UAUGCGAACGGUGAGGUUGAAUGUCUCCGAAGACGGAACGCAGUCGCAGCUCGUCUACACAGACGACGCUCCAGUUCUGUCUGCACGAGCUGGACACGUUUUGGUUGAUGUGAAAGCUUGUGGUUUGUCUCCACUCAAUCACAAGGCUCUUGUAGCCAUGAACGACUCGAACUCUGAUUUACCAGUUGGGUUUGAGAUAUCUGGUAUUGUGAAAGAGAUUGGUCCUGAAGUGACUUCGGUUCAAGUGGGAGAUGCAGUAACUGGAAUACUUCCUCUGUCGUCUGAGUGCUCUGGUUGUGCGGAUGAAUGCGAAAUCUCAGAGUUUGCUGUCGUGAAUAAGCCUGAAAGCGUAAACCACAUUACUGCAGCUGGAGCCAUACUACCAGGUGUAUGGGCAUACACUGCGCUUCGUUAUCAAGGUCACAUUACAGCAGGGGACACGGUACUUAUAUGCGAUGGAGCAACUGCAAAUGGUAUUAUUGCAAUUCAACUGGCUCAACGAUGGGGAGCGAAAGUGAUGGCUACUGCUGCAAACCAGGUGGAGGCAGAUUUUUUGGAGAAACUAGAGCCUUCAAUUGCUGCUGUGAUAAACAUGAGCAAAACAAAGUCACUUAUAGAAACGUGCUUGGCUGAGACAGGAGGUCUUGGGGUCGAUUGUGUUAUCGACCAAGGAGUUGAAAUGGUGAGCAGUGGGGAAAGAUACAGUGAAUUAGUGCUUUCAAGUCUAAGUCACAGCGGCGAGGGCGAAGUGACGAAACGUCGGCCAAUAACUAAACAUGAUAUCAUCUCAAUUUUGGGUUUUGGUGGACGAUGGGUUACCUCCACAGGACAGUUGCAGUUGGAUCCUCCUGAUUCACAAUUUUUGUUUAUGAAAGGUGCGGCCGUUAGCUUCUUGUUUGAUAACAUCUGGGUGCUUAGUGGAGCUCAACAAGGAAAAUAUUUGCACAUUAUUCAGGAUCUGAUGGAAAAGCUCCAGAAGGAAGAAUUAAGACCUACCAUUCACCAUACGCUGAUGCUGCCUGACGUGACAAGCGAAUUGGAACGUCUGUCGCCCCACCUCAUUGGCAAGGUUGUCAUGCGAACAUAACACCAGAGCACUGUGUCACUCUAUAUUGUUAUAUUCGUAAUC